GACCGACAAUUAAUUGGUUGCUCCGCGACAAUCGGUCAAAAAAUUUGUCUCCAUGUCAAUCUGCAUUUAUUUUUCUCAGAGACACGUAUAUGACGACCACAUGUACAUUUUCAUUUGACGAUUUGGAUAAUUUCGAGGCCUUUUCAUCAAGACUUGUUGCAGCCUUUUCAGGUGGAUAUAUUAAUUUAUUCAUUGGCGAUCCAACUUGCUAUUGGUCAGUUUGUUCGCUGAUAUAUUUGCCGUUAACGGUGCUGGCCUUUCUAAGAGAGCAACCAACUCGUCUACUCGACAGAAAACCGUUUUAAGUGUCUCUUUUUUGCCUCUUGGGGGUUUCCAUGCCUCUUCUAAGGAAAGACUGAAACAGUUAGUGCGGCGAAGACUUGUGACUUUUCGAUGAAGGACGACGAAAUGGUGAAAGCGCACUGCCGUGAACAAUGCAAGUGGAUCCUUCUUUUAAUUUGGUGAUCUUAGGCUGAUCGACAUCUGCCGGAUAUUUGGUCAUAUUUAACGUAGAAAUUAUAAUGUCUGAAAAGAGCAGUCAAAACCACACUGAAGAAGAAGACAAAAUUUGGCCUGAGGAUGCAGCACCGCCCAGCUAUGACUCACUGUUUGGGCAAAUCAAAGAAGCUAAGGAGACUUCUGAUGGUUCAUUUGAUUUCUGCAAACGAGUUGUACAGCUCUUUGCUGGAACAAUUGGCUGCACCAUUGCCUUGAGUUUAUUGAUGGCACUUCCAAUUGCCAUGGUCAUUAUGGGUGCUAAGUAUAAGGAUGAUUGUCCUGUGGAACCCUUCAUUCCAAUUUACCUCAUUGUGGGAGGAUCAUUUGGAAUGUUGAAAACCAUUAUAGUCCUUUGUCAACGAGCCAGGACUCAUGAAGAUGACUUGGACAUGGAUGAAGAUCAAUCCAUGUCCACAAAAUUUAUUGACGGCGUUUUAAAUCUAUUCUUGUUCACAUGGUUUAUUGCCGGAAACAUCUGGGUAUACAGCAAGUACCAACCAAAUCCAACUCCGCCACCAGGCGAUCCACUAAACUAUUGCAAUCCAACACUUUAUUUGUUUGCAUUUUGGGUGAUCACAGCCAGUUAUAUACUGAUGGGCUCAAUUUGUUUCUGUAUAUGUUGUCUAGGAGUGUGUGCAAGCUGUACAGCAUUCUUUGUUACCGCAAAAGAGUGAGAUAUUUAAGAUGUUUUGAGGACAGGUUGUUGUUAUUUAAGGAUCAGAGAGAUAGGAUAAGUUGGGAAGACAAGGAAUGCCAUUUUCUAGUGUUUUUCUGGCAUAAGAAAAAAAAUGUAAAGCUUCUAGUUUUGGUGCAGUAAUAUUUAAGGUUGACAACCACAUUGUUUAGGUAAGAACUUUAUUAAAGAGCAAGCGCAUUAAACUUGCUAA